AUGAACUGUGGUGCCACCAAGUGCCAGCCCGCAGUAAGAAAGCAGCUCAGCCUGAUCAGCACGGGCAACUUCCAGCUGAUCUUUUUCGGGGAAUGCACAAUAUACAAUUACGAUGCUGUCCAAGAUGUGGAGCUCUCCUUGCAAGUCGGCGAUACCGUUCACAUUUUGGAGAUGUAUGAAGGCUGGUACCGAGGAUACACACUCCGAAAUAAAUCUAAAAAGGGCAUUUUCCCAGAAACAUAUAUCCAUUUAAAAGAGGCGAUCGUGAAGGACCGGGGGCAACAUGAAACAGUGAUUCCAAGUGAACUGCCCCUUGGACAAGAACUCACUUCUACCCUGAGGGAGUGGGCAGUUAUCUGGCACAAGUUAUAUGUGGAUAACAAGUCAACGCAGUUUCGGCACGUCCAACAGUUGACUUACAGCCUGAUCGAAUGGCGGUCACAGAUCCUGUCUGGGACACUUCCCAAGGAUGAGCUCACUGAGCUGAAGAAGAAAGUCACUGCUAAGAUUGACUACGGCAACAGGAUCCUGGGUUUGGACCUGGUUGUACGAGAUGACAAUGGGAACAUCUUGGACCCAGAUGAAACCAGCACAAUCUCUCUCUUCAAGUCCCAUGAAACUGCAUCCAAAAGGAUUGAUGAAAGAAUCCAGGAGGAGAAGUCCCUGCAACAGAAUUUGGACCUCCGAGGGCAGCCAAUAUUCAACACAACACAUACAUACAGCCUGUAUGUAAACUUCAAGAAUUUUGUCUGCAAUAUUGGAGAAGAUGCAGAGCUGUUAAUGAGUCUCUAUGAUCCUGAUCUCUCCAAAUUCAUCAGUGAAAAUUACCUGGUUCGUUGGGGCAGUAAUGGGAUGCCUAAAGAAAUUGAGAAACUAAAUAAUCUUCAAGCAGUUUUUACUGAUUUAAGCAGUUCUGACUUGAUCAGACCGAAAAUCAGCUUGGUGUGUCAGAUUGUGCGAGUGGGGCAUAUGGAGCUGAAAGAUGGGAAGAAACACACCUGUGGGCUCCGGAGGCCCUUUGGUGUGGCAGUGAUGGACAUAACUGACAUCAUCCAUGGAAAGGUGGACGAUGAGGAAAAGCAGCAUUUUAUUCCAUUUCAGCAGAUUGCCAUGGAAACCUACAUCAGACAGCGCCAGCUAAUCAUGUCCCCGCUGAUAACUUCCCACGUGAUCGGAGAAAACGAGCCCCUCACUUCAGUCUUCAACAAAGUCAUCGCUGCGAAGGAAGUGAAUCAUAAAGGGCAAGGUCUUUGGGUCUCCCUGAAACUGCUUCCUGGGGAUCUAGCACAGGUUCAAAAGGAUUUUUCCCACCUUGUGGACAGAUCAACUGCUGUGGCUCGCAAAAUGGGAUUCCCUGAGAUAAUCCUCCCUGGUGAUGUUAGGAACGACAUCUAUGUGACCCUGAUACAAGGGGAGUUUGACAAAGGGAAGAAGAAGACUCCCAAGAACGUCGAAGUCACCAUGUCUGUACAUGAUGAAGAUGGAAAUCUCCAAGAGAAAGCUAUCCAUCCUGGUGCCGGUUAUGAAGGUGUCUCCGAAUAUAAGUCCGUUGUUUAUUAUCAAGUCAAGCAACCUUGCUGGUACGAAACUGUAAAGGUGUCCAUUGCAAUAGAAGAAGUCAGUCGUUGCCAUUUAAGGUUCACUUUCCGUCAUCGCUCGUCACAGGAAUCUAGGGAUAAGUCUGAGAGAGCUUUUGGCAUGGGCUUUGUGAAGCUGAUGAAUGCAGAUGGAACAACACUGCGAGAUGGCAAACACAAUUUGAUUGUUUAUAAGGGUGAUAACAAGAAAAUGGAAGAUGCUAAAUGCUAUUUAACUCUUCCUUGUACCAAAACGGAGGUGGAAGAGAAGGAGGCUCCCUCGGGGAAAAAUCUGCACCAUCUUGCCACCUUCACACCCACUAAAGAUAGUACCAAAGACAGCUUCCAAAUUGCCACUUUGAUCUGCUCCACCAAACUCACCCAGAACGUUGACCUGUUGGGGCUGUUGAACUGGCGUUCCAACUCCCAGAACAUCGCUCACAACCUCAGGAAGCUCAUGGAGGUGGAAGGAGGAGAAAUUGUAAAGUUUUUGCAAGACACCCUUGAUGCACUUUUCAACAUAAUGAUGGAAAUGUCAGAAAAUGAAACCUAUGACUUCCUUGUGUUUGAUGCACUGGUAUUUAUUAUUUCUUUGAUUGGAGACAUCAAGUUCCAGCAUUUCAACCCUGUACUUGAAACUUAUAUUUACAAGCACUUCAGCGCGACCCUGGCGUAUGUGAAGCUCACCAAAGUACUGAACUGUUACGUGGGAAACGCUGAUGACUCCAGCAAGACAGAGUUGCUGUUUGCUGCUCUGAAAGCCUUGAAGUACCUGUUCCGAUUCAUCGUUCAGUCACGAAUAUUGUACCUGAGGUUUUAUGGGAAAAGUGAAGAUGGGGAUGAAUUUAAUGAUGCAAUACGCAAGCUGUUCCUCUCCUUCAACGUCCUCAUGGACCGGCCUUUGGAGGAGGCUGUGAAGAUUAAGGGUGCAGCUUUAAAGUAUUUGCCAAGCAUCAUAAACGAUGUCAAACUGGUAUUUGACCCUGUUGAGCUCAGUGUCCUCUUCACCAAGUUCAUCCAGAGUAUUCCCGAGAACCAGUUGGUUCGACAGAAGCUGAACUGCAUGACCAAGAUAGUCGAGAGCGAUCUGUUUAAACAGUCUGAAUGCAGAGAUGCUCUUCUGCCACUGUUGAUCGAUCAGCUGAGUGGCCAGUUGGAUGACAAUUCAAACAAGCCUGACCACGAGGCCUGCUCACAACUGCUUAGCAGUGUUCUUGAGGUCCUGGAUCGGAAAGAUGUGGGACCCACUGCCGUCCACAUCCAGCUGAUCAUGGAGCGCCUGCUGAGGAGGAUAAACCGCACGGUGAUAGGCAUGAGCAGACAGUCUCCGCACAUCGGUAUCUUUGUGGCCUGCAUGACAGCCAUCCUGAGGCAGAUGGAGGAUUUCCAUUACAACCAUUACAUCAAUACUUUCAAAACCAGGCAGGACAUUGUUGACUUCCUGAUGGAAACAUUCAUUAUGUUUAAGGAUCUGAUUGGAAAGAAUGUCUAUGCAGCUGACUGGAUGGUGAUGAAUAUGAUGCAGAGCAGGGUUUUCCUCCGGGCAGUGAAUCAAUUUACAUCUGUACUCAACCGGUUCUUUCUGGAUCAAGCAAAUUUUGAACUCCAGCUCUGGAAUAACUAUUUCCAUUUGGCAGUGGCCUUUCUCACUCAUGAAUCCCUCCAGCUGGAGACCUUCUCACAAGCCAAACGCAACAAAAUUAUCAAGAAGUAUGGGGACAUGAGGAAAGAAAUUGGCUUCAAAAUAAGGGAUAUGUGGUAUAAUCUAGGUCCCCACAAAAUAAAAUUCAUUCCAGCCAUGGUAGGACCCAUCCUGGAGGUAACCCUGGUCCCUGAGCCUGAGCUCCGGAAAGCUACAAUUCCCAUCUUCUUUGACAUGAUGCAGUGCGAGUUUAACUUCAGUGGGAACAGAAACUUCCACAUGUUUGAAAAUGAGUUGAUAACCAAGCUGGACCAGGAAGUGGAGGGUGGCCGAGGGGACGAACAGUACAAGAUUUUGCUGGAGAAACUGCUCCUGGAGCACUGUCGGAAGCAUAAAUAUCUGUCUGCUUCUGGAGAGGUGUUUGCUUUGCUGGUCAGCAGCCUGCUGGAGAACCUGCUGGACUACAGGACCAUCAUGCACGAUGAGAGCAAGGAGAACCGCAUGAGCUGCACUGUCAACGUGCUGAAUUUUUAUAAGGAGAAGAAGCGAGAGGACAUUUAUAUCAGGUAUCUGUAUAAACUCCGGGACCUGCACACAGACUGUGAGAACUUCACAGAGGCAGCCUACACUCUCCUCCUCCAUGCAGAGCUGCUCCAGUGGUCCGAGAAGCCCUGUGUCCCUCACCUCCUGCAGAGGGACAGCUACUAUGUCUACUCACAACAGGAACUCAAGGAAAAACUCUACCAAGAAAUUAUCUCCUUCUUUGACAGGGGCAAGAUGUGGGAAAAAGCCAUUCAACUAAGUAAAGAGUUGGCUGACAUGUAUGAAAACAAGGUCUUUGAUUAUGAGGGACUUGGUAAUCUCCUGAAAAAACGAGCUACUUUUUAUGAGAAUAUUAUGAAGGCAAUGAGACCUCAACCAGAGUACUUUGCUGUUGGAUACUAUGGUCAAGGUUUCCCCUCUUUCCUCCGGAAUAAAAUUUUUAUCUACCGUGGCAAAGAGUACGAGCGAAGGGAGGAUUUCAACCUGAAGCUAUUGACCCAGUUCCCUAGUGCUGAGAAGAUGACCAGCACUGCCCCUCCAGGAGAAGAGAUCAAGUCUUCUCCUAAACAGUAUGUGCAGUGCUUUAUUGUGAAGCCUGUGAUGAACCUGCCGCCUAAUUAUAAAGAUAAACCUGUUCCUGAACAGAUCUUAAACUACUACAGAGCAAACGAGGUGCAGCAGUUCACGCACUCCCGACCCGUCAGGAAAGGAGAAAAAGACCCAGACAAUGAGUUUGCUAAUAUGUGGAUAGAAAGGACAACCUACACGACAGCGUAUUCAUUUCCAGGCAUCCUCAAGUGGUUUGAAGUCAAACAGGUUACAACGGAAGAGAUCAGCCCCUUGGAGAACGCCAUAGAAACGAUGGAGCUAACCAAUGAGAAAAUCAGCAACAUUGUCCAACAGCACAUCUGGGACCGGAGCCUUCCUGUACAUCCUCUCUCGAUGCUCCUGAACGGGAUUGUGGACCCGGCGGUCAUGGGGGGAUACACCAACUAUGAAAAGGCCUUUUUCACAGAGAAAUAUCUUCAAGAACAUCCUGAAGAUCAAGAUAAAAUUGAAAUGCUUAAGCAACUAAUUGCUCUACAGAUGCCGUUGUUGGCAGAAGGGAUCAGGAUCCACGGUGAGAAGCUGACGGAGCAGCUGAAGCCUCUCCAUGACAGACUGACAACCUGUUUCAAAGAGCUGAAGAAGAAGGUGGAGAAGCAGUACGGAGUGAUAACUUUGCCUCCCUCCCUCACCGAAAGGAAACCCAGCAGGUCAGGCUCUGUGGUGUUGCCCUACAUCAUGUCUUCCACGCUGAGACGGCUCUCGGUCACCUCUGUGGCAUCUUCUGUGGUCUCUACAUCCUCCACGUCCUCUGACAGCACUUCCUCCAGACCCGGUUCCGACGGAUCUAUUCUGGAACCUCUCUUGGAGAGAAGAAUAUCAACAGCUUCCAGAGCUGAGGAACUGCCAGUGAAAGAUGAUGGUGAUAACCGGAUUAGCAAACUCAAGCGGAAGGAGUGGAGUGUUAGCAAGUCUCAGGUCAUUGUAGAGAAGGAGCCAGAAACGGAACUGACUUCCAAAAUGGGCACGUCAGGAAAAGCACAAAGGCCAAAGAGUCUUCAAUUAGGAGACAACAGACUGACCUUGCUUCAGGGUUCAUCACUCCAGCCAUCCACGCCUUGCAGCCCACCGCCCAUCACUCCCAAAACCCCAAGGACCCAAAGUUUUCCCUCACUGCAAGCUGAUGGGUUGGCAACCUCCAGCUUACAGAGCACCCCACCUCCUCCUCCACCCAAGAGCAAACCCUACGAGAACAGCAGCCAGCGGAAUUCCGUGGAGGUUGCUCCACCACUACCCAGCAGACGUGAAGCCAAACCUCCCCCUCCACCCCCCAAAACCAGAAAAUCCAGCGUUGCCUCUUCCGAGCAAGGGCUGCAGUGAGGACCAUCCAGCAGGGACUGCAGUGAGGACCAUCCAGCAAGGACUGCAGUGAGGACCAUCCCUCGCUGGUGUGAUGGCAAGAGCCCAGAGGGAAACAGCUGCUUUAUUUUAAUGACUUCCUGGGGCUGUCUGACCCUAAAGACUGGUGAUCUCCCCUGCCAUUCCAUUCACUCCCCUUGGAGUUUUCUUUGGGAAACACCAAAAGGAACUGUCCUUGAGACUGAAUUCCCAGCCUCUGGUUUACCUUUCCAGUACUGAGACACUAAUCCGUGUAACAGGAGAAAUUCUUCUCUGUCUUAGUCUUGUCUGUCCCAAGUUUUUUUUUUUACUGAUGCAAUUUCAGCAGCUCAUUCCUAGCGUAAACCUGUCAGGGUAGUGAUUGGAACCAGUGUUUGAAGCAGGUAAGCCACGCCAGGAUGAGAAGUGUCCCACAGUGUUUUCAGAGGACUUCAUUUCAUCUUUCCAGCCGUACUCGCACACGGAUCCCUCCUCCUGCCCCUGGAGUGAGCCCAAGCCCGGGUUUCCCUGGCGCGGAGCCGCUCCGGAGCUGUGAAGUGUCGGCUCCUGCGAUGUCAGGUGUCGGUGUGUGAUGUGCUGUCUCCUAAGAUUCUUGAUGGCAGGCAGAGACCUGAGCAUUCUUAACAGAAUAAGAAGUCUUUCUUCUUUUUUUUUUUUUCCUGCUAGUCAUCAUAUGUAUUUAAGAUGAAGCGCAGACCUUCUGCCAUACACUGUCUCCGCUCGCGUGGCGGCAGUUGCUCACUCCCAAUGGAGAGUUUAGGUUCACCAGUACUUUGUCAGAAUUUUGUUGUUGAUUCUGGUUUUUAAUGCUACAGAGCAGUUGAUAUUCCUCCUUGAAUUAUGUGACCUGCUUGGUUUGUGCUUGCAUGUGGGGCUUGGUACAAUAUUUCAUCUGUGUGUUUUUUAAUAGGGUGUAAAAAGUUGCUUCUGUCUUGUGAGUAUGUGAGAACAGAAGCUGCGUGGAUACCAGCAGUGUACUGGUGCCAGCAACUGGGAGAGGAUAGAGUGUGCAAAACUAGUUAUACACCCUGACCUCAGAAACAAAGUCUGACAGUUUCUGUAACCCUUACUUUGGCUGGGCAAAUUCACACAAAUAUAAAUGAUUCUCAUCUGCUUUUCCCCACCCUGAACCCCUUUGUGGCAGUACUUGCACUUUGGUUUAUAGCCUCCCUCCAUGGAGGUUUUUAACAGCCACUGGACUUUCAGGAGCCAUUUCGAUCCGAGAUGCUUGUGAAAAACUUGACAAUUAACCACCUACUUUCCUGUUGGUUGGAUUUCUUCAGCUCUGCAGCCUUUCUCUCCUUGGAGGUUGGGAUAAUCUCUUUGAUUUUUCUUUUAGUUAUUUAUUCCCUGCUCUGUCUGGGUGUCAGCAUCAGUCUUUCUGUUUAUAUAAAGUGAUAUGAUCUUAGGUUUUGAUGUUUUUAAAUUCACAUGAUCUGUGCCUCCAUGCUGUUGCCCACUGUUAGAGUAGCCCAUCCUCACAGUUGCAUAGUGACCAAAAACUCAACACAAAUAUCAUUGUUAUUUCUGGCCCCGGUGGACCAUAGACCCAGCACUCCUCUGUGCCUCAGCUGCUGCUGGAAGCUUGUGGGUAAAAACCAGCACAUCAUCGUUUGUGAUUAAUACUCCCAAUGUUGGCAGAAAGCAGCUGAAAAGGUUUUCUUGAUUUGUAAGAAUUAUUCUCGUCACAUUCAGGCAGAAUAUUUUGCUGUGCUGUUCUGCCUGUGUCACUGGCUGUUGUUUUUCACUGGGGUUUUCCAGGGAAGGGG